GUUUCAUUUAUAAAGUAGGUACCUAUAGGUAAAUUAAUUACUUUAUACUAACAAACAACAGUCCAAGUAAACUAUAAUGUGUGCCCAGUGCUGCAGUAGUUUUUCGGUCAGUGAAUGGAGUAGACGGCACGUACUCUAUGUAUACAGUAUAGUUUAGUAGUUACGUGUACAUACUAUAUAGUAUUAUAUUUCUAUAUUGUUUUAAGGAGAAGAUAAUAACUAAUUAAAUUUGUUGUUCCGCGUAAUAGUGAAGAGAUCGUGUGAAACAUCUACCUAUAUUCUAUAUGUAUUAGCACCUGGUUAGUGACAGUGAGCUGCACAUAUUAUAAUGACAGAUGAUCUGGACCAAUACAUUGACAGUUACUCCAAACAACGAUGGAAAGUUUUCGCCUUGUUGUUGAUGGUCAGCACACCUGGGAUAUUCAAUGCUAUCCAAAUAGCGUCGUACGUGUUUCUAGUCGACAAACCUUCAUACUGGUGUGAUAUACCGGAUUUGAAAUCAGCAGGAUGGAGCGACCGGAUGAUAAUAAAUGUUUCCACGCCAUAUCAAAAUUAUUCAUCAGAAAAAAUUGAAGAAUGUUCCUAUUACAAUCAAAAUUAUUCAAUACUUGCCAAAAAUGGUUACAAUUGGUCUAUGAAUAAUUUAGAUACUGCCGAUUCUAAACCUUGUCAGUAUUAUAGUUAUAGCACCAGAGAAUCUGUUGUCACUGAAUGGAAUUUAGUUUGUGAUGAUGUAUCGAUGAAGUCCAAUGUCCACGCCGCUAUGGCUUUUGGAAAGUUUGUUGGUGGACUUUCAUUUGGUUCUAUUUCGGAUGUAUAUGGCAGAAAGUUUGCUUUCAAUUUGGCAGCUUUUAUUUACAUGUUUUCAGGACCAUCUGCUGCCCUGAUUGAUUCUUAUGUAUUAUUUUUAAUUGCGAGAUUCUUGAUAGGUGUAGCUGGAUCUGGAAUUUAUGAAUCAUCAUACACAAUAUUGACUGAGCUGACAAGUGGUAAAACUCGUACUUUACUUUGUCUUUUGAUGAAUAUAUCGUAUCCAAUUGGUUAUAUUUUGUUAUCAAUUAUUGCAUAUUAUGUGAGGCCAUGGAGAAUGUUGCUUUUAGUUUUGUCAUUGCCCAUAUUUGGAUUGUUGAUACAAUGCUGGUUUCUACCAGAAUCUCCAAAAUGGUUGCUGUCUCAAGGAAGAAAAAGCCAGGCUUGGGUGGUAAUGGCUAAACUUGUUCCGACUGCAAUUCAUGCUAACAUUAAAACUGAUAGCCAAGAUAAUGUAGAAAUUAGUAAGACAACAGAUUGCCGUGGAAAAUGUAUGGAGAUCUUGUCAACUUAUAUGGCAUUGUUUUCUACACCGGACUUGUCAGCAAAAACAGUUAUUUCUUUAUUUUUUGGAUUAUCUUGUGGCUUAUCUUAUUACGUUAUUGCAUUGAACGGGGAUAAUAUAACUGCUGAUCGUUACAUAUAUGUUGCGUUGAACGGAGUUGUUGAAGGUGUAUCAUAUGCGUUAACUAUUCCUUUAUUUCUUUAUAUUGGACGCAAAACAGCAGUUUCAUCUUUUUUUUUCGCAUCAGGAAUAUUGCAACUGACAUUAUUGGCAAUACCACUUGAAAAAGCAAACAUUUUAUUAUGUGUGACUUUAAUGGGAAAAUUUUUCGUGAGUGCCUUAUUUUCAGCCAUCGUACUCUACGUAUCAGAAUUAUAUCCAACUACAAUCAGAAAUACUGGUAUCGGAGUAUCAUUGACCUGUUCUCAAAUAGGAUCUAUUAUUGCACCAUAUAUAGUCGAACUAUUGGGAGCUAAGGCAUGGUAUAUUCCGAGUACUGUGUGUGGGACACUUAGUAUCUUUGUUUCAAGUUUGGUUUUACUGUUGCCCGAGACAAAGAGGACAGUAUUGCCAAAUACUCUAGAAGAUAUGAAAAACACUAAUUCCGUCAAACUUAGCAAUUGUUUUAAAUUUUAAUUUUUAUGUGGCUUUCUUUUAUUUUUUUUUCUUCCUCGUACAGCGAUUUUAUUUUUAUAUGCACUUAAAUGUAUAGACAGUUCAUAAUGAGUAAUAAAUCUUUGAAUUCGAGAAGGUAAAUUUAUCACAUGCAUUGUUUAAAUGUAUUUUAUUUGUUUGAGGAAGAAGGAUGAAGAACGCAGUUUUGAUACCAAUUUUAGUAAUUAUUUACCUAUUGAAUAAAAAAAUGCUACCUAUACUUAAGUCUUAAAUUACUGUUUGAAAAAUACAGGAUAGUUUUGAUAAUAAAUAAA